AUGGGCUUCAUGAAACAUUUCUUCCACAAAGACUCUUCCAACGUCACUACACCUGCCUCCUCAAAUGCUGCUACACCCAUCACAUCUCCUGCCAACUCUUUAAAGGAUGUGGAUGCCGCCAUAAGCCCCAUCGUUGACAGAUAUCACAACGAUCCUAUGCGCACAAGCAAGAAGCCUGAUACUAUUGGAAGCUUUUUCGAUCCCAUGGGUGGUCAUGGUAGCUACUCUGUGAGUAAGGAUGUUACCAAUACUGGUGCCUAA